AUGACUGUUUUUGGAGUGUGGAUUAUCCAGUUUCUACCUUCGGAUCACAGGUACACAAAUUCGUAUGGCCCAGAUUUUUACGUCCGAGAAUACAUGACCAACAGAUACGUCGUCUACCUCCUCAUGAUCGGAGGAGGAAUAUGGUUCAUAUUCUGUCUAUUCAUGCUGUCUUUGUCAGGUUCGUGCGAUCCGCGACGCCUGAAGGUUAAUGAAUUGAUUCAGUUACAGAUAAUUCUAGCUCAAGGGAUUGGAGCUGGUCUGGCAAUUGGACUAAUGUAUGUCGUCCCACGUAUCAGUGUGGUAUCCCAUUAUUUCCAGCGCCGGCGCCCUUUCGCGAUUGGAGUUGCGAAUUCAGGUGCAGGCUUGGGUGAACCUGUGCGACCUGAGAUAUAUUCAGGACUCGUCACUCUCGCUGGCCCAUUUUUCCCUGUCUUUCUCUUACAGCUAAAUGCGAUCAAAAAUGGCGUCAGCUCAGACGUGGCUUUUUAUUGGGUUAAUACCAGUGAUGAACGUAUUUACAGGAUUUUCUGGCCGGCGAUAACCCCUUGGAUCGGGAUAUAUAACGUCGUUAUUCCCUGCGUCGAGAUAUGCUCGAUUCUGAUAUUCUGCUCAAUAACAGUCAAGAGUGCUGUUGCAACGUUCACUUUCGCCGCGCUUUACGGUUUACUUGCGGGGGGCUAUAUGGGCUUGUUAGCACCGACGAUUGGUCCACUAGCUCGGAAAGACUCAGAGAUCGGAGCGCGCAUGGGAAUAUGUUUUACAUUCACUGGUGAGCUCUAA